AUGGAGACGUGGCCGUUGAUGAGGAAGUGCUGGCUCCUCACCCUCUUCUCGGAGCUCUCAGGGAGGGGCUUCCAGAAUUCAGAGUCGAGGCCUAGGUCUGAGGCAGGAGCUUCUAAGGUCCCAGAGCAGGGGAGGUGCAGAGGGGACCCCUCGGCACCUAAGUCUGACGCAGUGCACUGUGAGCUCCAGGACUUCAGGCCUCUGCUGCCUGGGCUGCACCCUGAGGAGCCAUCCCACCUCUUUCUUCAGUCUGCCGCCCCAUCGGGCUCCUGCUCUGCCCUGUUUCUGGUCCCCUCGGAGGAGGGGUCUGCUGCUGGGUUCCAGAGUCAUCCCCAGAGCUCUCUGAGUGCCUGCCCCUCCCCCACUGCCCAAGCAGCCACUGCCUGCAGCCAGCCUGACCAGGGCUCCAGCAGCUCCGAUGAGGAGGGGUCCAGCCCCUGCGAGGAGCCUGAAGAACCCCAGCCGUGGCUCCAAAACAUAAUCCAGGGGAAGCUGGCCGAGCUGGUAGAGUUCCUGCUCCUCAAGUAUCACAUCAAGGAGCCGACCAGCCAGGCAGAGAUGCUGGAGAUCGUCGGUCAGGAUGCCCUGGAUGCCUUCCCUGUGAUCUUGGGCCAGGCCUCCGAGUGCUUGCAGCUGGUCUUUGGUAUGGAUGUGAAGGAAGUGGACCCCAGCGACCACUCCUACAUCCUGGUCCCCAUCCUGGGCCUCACCUAUGACGGGAGAUGGGAUGAUGAGCGCAAGCCCAAGACCGGCCUCCUGGUGCUGCUACUGGGGGUGAGCCUCCUGCAUGGCAACCGUGCCCCCAAGGUGGAGGUUUGGGAAACGCUGGGGGUCAUGGGGUUGUAUGCCGGCCAGGAGCACAUCAUCUAUGGGGAGCCCAGGGAGCUCCUCACCAAAGUCUGGGUGCAGGAAGGGUACCUGGAGUACCGGCAGGUGCCUGGCAGCGACCCUGACCGCUACGAGUUCCCGUGGGGUCCCAGGGCCCAUGGAACCAGCAAGGUUCAAGUGCUGGAGUGUGUGCUCCGGGUCAGGCGCGAGCAGCUGGCUUCCUCCCUGGCCCUGUCUGAAGGGGCUAUGAGAGAUGAGGGAGAGGAGGCCUGA